ACGCCUUGUUGACAAGCCAGUGCCGGCGCUUACGGAAUUGGACGCCGGGCCUUCUUGCCUUCGUCGCUUCCCUUUUCUCGGCUAAGCCCAAGCGAUCCCAUCAUCCCUGAGAGAGAUGUCAGCUCCAAGUAAAUCAACAAACACUCCUGAUGAAGAUGAAGAUGUAUGGAACCUUCAAUUACCACCUAUAGCUCUUCCUUCCACAUCUAAGGAGUUGACUGAAAAACAGAAGAAAUUGAUGAAAUACCGAAGAGUAUCGGAACAGCAGAAGAUGCUUAACAAAAUCAUAAUUAAUGUUGCCACAAAAGAUUAUACAAUGUCCUUGGAGGAAUUUCUUAAAAGAGAGCCUGAGCCUGUUGCUCCACAACUGCCUUAUACUAUGAACAGUGAACAGAAACAAAUUAGAAAUAAUUAUCUCUUUAUGAAGAAAUGUGUUGAAAGUAAUCCAGUGGUACCUAUUCAGCAGGAGUGGUUACUUUCCAUGCUCACAUUGGUACCGCAGUCUCUCAUGGAGGGCAAGGAUAGAGAGAAACUGGUUGAAGAACUCUUAAAUGAGAUAACAGAUGAUUAUGAAAUGAGUAUGAGAAGAUAUAUGGUACGAAGUGUUCUUAUCAAGCCUGAAGUAAAAUUACUUGAAUAUGAAAAAGAAGGACCUUUGCCAGUUGAACCUGUAGGAUUAGACUUUUCUAGGCCGUGGCAUAAAAGUUUUAUUCAAGCAAGAAAACAGAUUUUUGAAAAUUUACAUAUUCUCCAUCCAACUUUAAGAAUUCUCCUUGAAAUCGGUUACAGAAUGUUUUCCAUGUUACUUAUAGUAGAUGUAUCUGGUUUCAGGUCAAGAGGCCCAAUAGAAUGUGAAUCCCUACAAAAUGAUGUGUCUAUAAAAUGCUUAAAAACAGAAGAAAAGAUAUUAAACACAUGGUAUCCAAGGGUUAUCAACCUCUUUACCAGAAAAGAAGCCCUGGAGGGUGUGAAACCUGAUCAAAUGGAUUCUUUCUAUAACUGUGUGGCUACACUUAUGUCUAAUCAGCUGAAGGAGUUAUUAAAAAGAUCUGUUGAAGCUUAUGUGAAGUUGUUUGACUUAGAAGAUCAGAGAUGGCUACCAUUGUUCAGAAUGGAAUUGACUUUUGAUGACGAGAAAAUGGACUUUUAUCCUAGCUUUCAUGAUCUGGAAGAAACCAUCUUAUGUAUUAUUACUUUGAUUUCACAAACUUUGCAGAAUGUCCAGACAAUACAUUCAUGGUUAGGAGGUACAAACAUAGUAACAACUAUUGACACUGAACUUCCUGACCAUGUUAUAGCAUGGGCUUCAUCUGUACUGAGGAGAGCAAUCGAUGAGAAUUUGAAAGGUGCAAAAGCACAUUUUGAUUCUUAUGUGGAAAAAUAUGGCUGGCUUGUAGAUGGUGCUGCAGAUGACCGUAUUAAAACAUUUAUAGCUGAGGAACACAGUUUUGAUGAAUAUGCAGAGCUUAUAGAUGAAUUUUUAAAUCUUUCGACGGAAAUAAUGAGCUUGCCAAUGAUAGCUCACUUCUCUAUGGUGCGUUUAGAUUGUGAUGACUUGAAGCAAGGGUUAUGUGAAAAAGCAAAAAGCUUUGCAUAUAAAUUAUUGGAUUUAUUAGCUUAUAAUCAUAGAGAAGAAAAUAACAAGAUAUGUAAUGAAUUUGAAAACAUUAAAGAACGUGCAUUAAAAGUUCCUGAGACAACAGAAGAAAUGAUGGAAAGUAUAGCCUUUAUAGACAAGGCUAAAACCAUAGGUAUCCAGAAGUUGUAUGAAAGGAUUAAGGAAUGCCAGCGACGAAUGAAUUAUCUUCUGGAUGUUUAUUUAUUUGAACCCGAAGACUUGACACUGAAUGCAACUGUUUUAUUGUGGCCUCAAAAUAUUAACCCUAUCUUUGAUGAAAAUGAUGAUAUUAUAGAAAUGUCUAAACGGAAGGGUGAAAGUGAAUUACUAGCCAAACGUGAGAAAUUGAUAAUGGAAGUAGAAAAGCAAAUCCGUCGUAUGCAUGAAUUCACAGAGUACUGUGAUUUGGAUCGCAUGCAACAGUAUGUGACUGACAUGAGAACACUGCAAAAACGCAUACAAGAUGCUGAUGAAGCAGUUACUUUUAUUAAUAAAGAAGAGAAGCUUUUAAAUUGGGAGCUGACUGAAUAUCCAGAGUUGGAAACCUUAAAAGUUAACAUUGAGCCAUAUCAGAAACUUUUUGUUUUUAUAUUGAAGUGGCAGCGAACUGAGAAACGAUGGAUGGAUGGUGCUUUUCUAGAUCUCAAUGGAGAAAAGAUGGAAGGUGAAGUAGAUGAAUUUUUUCGAGAAAUUUAUAAGACAGUAAGAUUUUUUCAACAACAGCUAAAGAAAGCUGAAAUAGAAAGAAAAAAGUCACUACGAAGAGCAGUAGUUGAAGAGAGAGUAGAGGAAGAAAAGAAGGACAACCCAACUAUUUCAAUGUGUAAUUCUGUAAUGCAGCAGAUUAAAGAUUUCAAAGAAAAUAUCCCAUUGGUGACUAUCCUUUGUAAUCCAGGCAUAAAAGCUCGUCAUUGGAAUCAGAUGUCAGAAAUUGUUGGAUAUGAUUUAACUCCAGAUUCUGGAAGUACCUUAAGAAAAGUGUUAAAGCAGAAUCUAACUCCUUACUUAGAGAAAUUUGAAGUCAUAAGUAUGGGAGCAAGUAAGGAAUUUUCACUAGAAAAAGCAAUGCAUAAUAUGAUGGAGACCUGGGAUUCAAUUUUCUUCCAAACUGGCUUAUAUCGUGAGACUGGAGUUAGUAUUCUGUCUGCUGUUGAUGAAAUCCAGACAAUUCUAGAUGAUCAGAUUGUAAAAACACAAACAAUGAGGGGAUCACCAUUCAUCAAACCAUUUGAAAAACAAAUGAAGGAAUGGGAAGAACGCUUAAUCAGAAUUCAAGAGACUAUUGAUGAGUGGCUAAAAGUGCAAGCUCAGUGGCUUUACUUGGAACCAAUUUUUUCUUCAGAAGACAUUAUGCAACAAAUGCCAGAGGAAGGGCGCCAAUUCCAGACUGUGGAUAGAUAUUGGAGAGAUAUUAUGAAAUACUGUGCCAAAGAUCCCAAGGUUCUUGCUGCCACAUCAUUGACAGGGUUGUUGGAAAAACUUCAGAAUUGUAAUGAUCUUCUUGACAAAAUCAUGAAAGGAUUGAAUGCCUAUCUUGAGAAGAAGCGCCUCUUCUUUCCCCGCUUUUUUUUCUUGUCUAAUGAUGAGAUGUUGGAGAUACUCUCAGAGACUAAAGACCCUCUCCGUGUCCAGCCUCACUUGAAAAAGUGUUUCGAGGGCAUUGCUAAACUUGAAUUUCGGCCAAAUCUGGAUAUUAAGUCAAUGUAUAGCACUGAAGGUGAACGUGUGGAAUUUAUUUCAACUAUUUCAACUUCUGAAGCUCGGGGAGCUGUUGAAAAGUGGCUAAUACAAGUCGAAGAUAUUAUGUUGAAGAGUAUUCAUGAUGUUAUUACAAGAUCAAGACUGGCAUAUCCAGAAAGCCCAAGAAAGGAUUGGGUGAGAGAAUGGCCUGGGCAGGUAGUUUUAUGUGUCUCACAAAUGUUCUGGACAAGUGAAGUUCAUGAAGCCAUAGCUAGUGGUCCAGAGGGCUUGCAGAAUUAUUACCAGGCUCUUCAAUAUCAGUUAAAUGAUAUUGUAGAGUUGGUAAGAGGAAAGUUGUCUAAACAAACACGGAUUACAUUGGGUGCUUUGGUCACUAUUGAUGUUCAUGCUAGAGAUGUCGUCAUGGAAAUGAUUGAAAGCGGUGUGUUAAAGGAGACAGAUUUUCAAUGGCUUGCUCAGUUGCGAUAUUACUGGGAGUAUGAUAAUGUACGUGUGCGCAUCAUCAAUUGCAAUGUAAAAUAUGCUUAUGAAUAUCUUGGCAAUUCUCCUCGACUCGUUAUUACUCCUCUCACAGACAGAUGUUAUCGCACUCUGAUUGGAGCAUUUUAUUUAAAUCUUGGUGGUGCUCCAGAAGGUCCAGCUGGGACAGGUAAAACAGAGACCACCAAAGACUUGGCUAAAGCUGUUGCAGUGCAAUGUGUUGUCUUCAACUGCUCUGAUGGCCUUGAUUAUCUAGCCAUGGGGAAGUUUUUUAAGGGUUUAGCUUCUUCAGGUGCUUGGGCCUGCUUUGAUGAAUUCAAUCGCAUUGAACUGGAGGUACUGUCUGUGGUAGCCCAGCAGAUUCUUUGCAUCCAGAGAGCUAUACAACAGAAGAUGGAGAUAUUUAAUUUUGAAGGAACUGAACUGAAGCUUAAUCCCAAUUGUUUUGUUGCUAUUACUAUGAAUCCAGGUUAUGCAGGUCGCUCUGAGCUACCAGAUAAUCUGAAGUGGACAGAUGGCAUAGUGGCCAAUACUUUUCGAGAAUUUGCUUUAACUGAAACACCUGACCGCAAAUGGGUUGUUUUUGAUGGUCCUAUUGAUACUCUUUGGAUAGAAAGUAUGAACACUGUGUUGGAUGACAACAAAAAGCUAUGUUUGAUGAGUGGAGAAAUUAUUCAAAUGUCACCUCAGAUGAGCCUCAUCUUUGAGGCUAUGGAUCUAUCUCAGGCUUCCCCAGCUACAGUCAGUCGAUGUGGAAUGAUUUAUUUAGAACCUUCGCAGUUGGGAUGGAAGCCACUUGUUACUUCAUGGUUGAGCACACUUCCUGAACCCCUGAAUGAAAAGGAAUUCCAAGACCUGUUUGAGGAACUUUUUGAUUGGUUAGUACCUCCUGCUUUGCGAGUUCGUUGGAAACAGUGCAAGGAGUUAGUUCCCACCAGCAAUAGCAAUAAUGUGGUAUCUCUCAUUCGACUGUUGGAAAUACUAUUGUGUCACAAAGCGAAAAAAGAUCCAAGCAAUAAAAAUAUUCAUAAAUGGGUUACGGGUUGUUUUGCUUUUGCUAUGAUUUGGUCUAUUGGAGCAACCUGUGAUAGUGAUGGUCGGAUUAUAUUUGAUAACUUUAUGAGAGAUAUUGUCAUAGGAAAGUUGGAUGAACAUCCAAUACCAGCAACCAUAGGAAAAUGGGAACAUCCAUUUGAAGAAAAAGGAUUGGUGUAUGAUUAUAUGUUUGAGUUAAAAGGAAAAGGCCGUUGGGCACAUUGGAAUGAAGCUGUUAAAAGCAUCAAUUAUAGUGAUAAAAGUAUUAAAGUUCAAGACAUUAUAGUUCCAACAAUGGACACAGUCAGAUAUACCUAUUUGAUGGAAUUAUGCAUUAAAUAUGGAAGGGCACUGCUGUUUGUGGGACCUACUGGUACUGGGAAGUCUGUAUAUGUAAAAGACAAGCUAAUGAACAACUUACAAAAGGAUCUCUAUUUCCCAUUCUUCCUUAACUUUUCAGCUCGAACCAGUGCCAAUCAGACCCAGAACAUUAUCAUGGCCAGGUUGGACAAAAGGCGGAAAGGAAUAUAUGGGCCACCUGUGGGAAAGAAGUGUGUAAUCUUUGUAGAUGAUAUGAAUAUGCCUGCACUGGAGCAAUAUGGAGCUCAGCCUCCAGUUGAACUUUUAAGACAGUUUUUUGAUCAUGGAAUCUGGUAUGAUUUAAAAGACACAAAUAAAAUUACACUAGUUGAUAUUCAGUUGAUGGCUGCCAUGGGUCCACCAGGUGGUGGAAGAAAUCCUGUAACACCUCGUUUCCUGAGACAUUUCAAUAUUUGCACCAUUAAUUCCUUUAGUGAUGAAACAAUGGUCCGGAUUUUUUCUACUGUUGUUUCUCUCUAUCUCAGAGUAAAUGAAUUUAUUCCAGAAUAUUUCACAAUUGGAAACCAGAUUGUCAGUGGCACUAUGGAGGUAUAUAAGAAAGCCAUGGCAAAUCUAUUGCCAACCCCAGCCAAAUCCCAUUAUACGUUCAAUUUGCGUGAUUUUUCACGAGUUAUCCUAGGCUGCUUGCUUAUUAAGAAGGACUCAGUUGUCAACAAGCAUACAAUGAUUCGUCUUUUUGUACAUGAAGUAUUUCGAGUGUUUUAUGACCGGCUUGUGGAUGAUGCUGAUAGGGCUUGGGUGUUCAAACUCAUAAAAGAAAUUGUGAAAGAACAUUUCAAAGAAGCCUUUGAUGCAGUAUUUUCACACCUGAGACAAGGAAAUGCACCUAUAAGUGAAGAAGAUCUGAGAAAUCUGCUGUUUGGAGACUACAUGAAUCCUGACCUUGAAGGAGAAGAAAGACUUUAUUAUGAAAUUCCAAGUAUACAAAUGUUCAAUGAUGUUGUGGAACUAUGCUUGGAUGAAUAUAAUCAAACUCACAAAACAAGAAUGAAUCUAGUAAUUUUUAGGUAUGUAUUGGAACAUUUGUCUCGUAUAUGCCGUGUGCUCAAGCAAUCUGGAGGUAAUGCUUUACUUGUUGGAAUGGGAGGAAGUGGACGACAAUCCAUGACCCGAUUGGCUACAUCCAUGGCAAAAAUGAAUAUUUUCCAACCUGAAAUCUCCAAGAGCUAUGGAAUGAAUGAGUGGAGGGACGACCUAAAGAACCUUCUGAGGAGCGCAGGUAUGAAGGGCUUGAAAACUGUGUUUUUGAUCACAGACACACAAAUCAAAGAAGAAGGAUUUUUAGAAGAUGUUGACAGUGUGCUUAAUACAGGAGAAGUACCCAAUCUUUUUGCAGCUGAUGAGAAACAGGAAGUUAUGGAGGGAGUUCGUGCUGUAGCCCAGGCAGGCCAUAAGCAUGAAGAGCUUGGUCCAUUGGCCUUAUUUGCUUUCUUUGUCAACCGUUGCAAAGACAAUCUCCAUGUUGUAGUAGCUUUCAGUCCAAUUGGAGAUGCUUUUCGCAAUCGCCUGAGACAAUUUCCAUCUCUCAUCAACUGUUGUACUAUUGAUUGGUUCCAGCCAUGGCCUGAAGAUGCUCUUGAACGUGUGGCUGUUAAAUUCUUGGAAAAGCUUGAGCUCACAGAAAAUGAACGUACAGAAGUUGUUCCCAUCUGUAAAUAUUUCCAUACAUCUGUGUUAUCGCUUUCUGAAAGAUUUUUGAACCAAUUGGGACGACAUAACUAUGUUACACCUACUUCCUACCUUGAACUUAUUGGUUCCUUCCAACUUCUUUUGUCACAGAAUCGUGAUACUAUAAUGAAGGCAAAAAAAAGAUAUACUAAUGGAUUAGACAAAUUAGCUUUUGCUGAAUCUCAGGUUGGUGAAAUGAAGAAAGAACUUGUUGAUUUGCAACCUAAAUUGGAGCAAGCAAAAGUGGAUAAUGCAGCCAUGAUGAAGAUCAUUGAGAAGGAAUCUGCCGAGGUUGAAGCAAAAAGCAAAACUGUAAAAGUAGAUGAGGAGCUUGCUACAGAAAAGGCCACGGAAGCUCAGGCACUGAAAAAUGAAUGUGAGAGUGACCUUGCCGAAGCAAUUCCAGCACUAGAGGCAGCAUUGGCUGCACUUGACACCCUGAAGCCUGCAGAUAUUACAAUUGUAAAAUCAAUGAAGAAUCCACCUUCUGGAGUUAAACUAGUUAUGGCUGCCAUUUGUGUCAUGAAGGAUAUAAAACCAGAAAAAAUUGCUGAUCCUUCUGGAAUUGGAGGCAAGAUUUUAGACUACUGGGGACCUAGCAAAAAACUUUUAGGUGAAAUGAAUUUCCUUAAAGAUCUGAGAGAAUAUGACAAAGAUAACAUUCCAGUAUCAGUGAUGCAGAAGAUUCGUUCAGAAUAUCUAACUAAUCCUGAAUUUGAUCCUCCCAAAGUGGCUAAAGCAUCUUCUGCAGCAGAAGGGUUAUGUAAAUGGAUUAUGGCAAUGGAGGUUUAUGACCGUGUAGCAAAGGUGGUUGCUCCUAAGAAAGCCCGCUUAGCAGAAGCCCAGCAGUCAUUAGCACAUACUAUGGCAUUAUUAAAUCAGAAGAGAGCUGAACUUAAAGCUGUUGAAGAUCGUUUGGAAGCAUUGCAAGAAACCUUCAAUGAGAAAACCGAAGAAAAAGCCCGCUUAGAGUUCCAAGUGGAUCUGUGCGCUAAAAAGCUGGAAAGAGCAGAAAAGCUGAUUGGAGGACUUGGUGGAGAAAAAUCAAGAUGGUCUCAUGCUGCAGAUGACCUCCAGAACACUUACGAUAAUUUGACAGGAGAUGUUCUGAUAUCAGCAGGGGUGAUAGCUUACCUUGGUGCUUUUACUGCUGGAUUUAGACAAGAAUGUACUAAAGAGUGGAGCAAACUCUGUAAGGUGAAAAAUAUUCCAUGUUCUGAAAACUUCUCUCUAAGUAAGACCCUUGGUGAUCCAAUAAAAAUUAGAGCCUGGAAUAUUGCAGGUCUUCCAACAGAUCAGUUUUCCAUAGAUAACGGUGUGAUUGUUGACAAUUCUAGACGUUGGCCAUUAAUGAUUGAUCCCCAAGGUCAAGCAAAUAAAUGGAUAAAACAUUCUGAGAAAGAGAACAGACUGAGCGUCAUAAAAUUUACUGAUUCAGACUACAUGAGAACUCUAGAAAAUUGCAUUCAGUUUGGAACUCCUCUUCUGCUUGAAAAUGUUGGAGAAGAUAUAGAUCCUUCCUUGGAACCUUUGCUACUUAGGCAAACUUUUAAACAAGGGGGCAUGGAUUGCAUUCGACUUGGUGAAACAAUAAUUGAAUAUUCUUUUGAUUUCAAAUUUUAUAUUACCACCAAAUUAAGGAAUCCACAUUAUUUACCUGAAUUAGCAACAAAAGUUUCUUUGCUAAAUUUCAUGAUUACUCCAGAAGGACUAGAAGAUCAACUUUUAGGCAUAGUUGUUGCCAAGGAAAGGCCAGAAUUAGAGGAAGAACGAAAUGCUCUUAUCCUUCAAUCAGCUGCCAAUAAGAAACAACUAAAAGAUAUAGAAAAUAAAAUUUUAGAAACAUUGCAGUCUUCUGAAGGUAAUAUUUUAGAAGAUGAAAGUGCAAUUACCAUCUUGGACUCAGCAAAAAUAAUGUCUAAUGAAAUAACAAAGAAGCAGCAGAUUGCAGAAAAAACUGAAAUUAAAAUAGCACAAUCUCGAGAAGGCUACAGACCCAUUGCAAAGCAUUCAUCCGUAUUGUUUUUUAGUAUUGCUGAUCUGGCUAAUAUAGACCCAAUGUACCAAUAUUCUCUCAGUUGGUUUGUAAACCUUUAUAUCAACUCUAUUCAUGACAGCAACAAGUCUAAAAUUUUGGAAAAAAGGCUACGGUAUCUAAAUGACCACUUCACAUACAACUUGUAUUGCAAUGUUUGUCGCUCCCUGUUUGAGAAGGAUAAGUUGCUGUUUUCAUUUUUACUCUGCUGUAAUCUUCUGAUGGCUAGGAAAGAAAUUGAACAUCAGGAGUUUAUGUUUUUAUUAACUGGAGGGGUUGGUCUCAAGAGCAAAUUCAAGAACCCUGAUCCAUCUUGGUUACAAGAUAAAAGCUGGGAUGAAAUAUGUCGUGCAAGUGAUAUGCCUGCUUUUAAAGGAUUACGGAAUCAUGUGACUUCACAACCCAAUGAAUGGCGUAGCAUUUAUGAUAGUAAAGAACCCCAAACAGUUCCUUUACCCACACCAUGGAAUGCAGACUUAAAUGAAAUAAAGAAAAUGAUUAUUCUCCGAUGCUUGAGACCUGACAAGAUUACACCAGCUAUAACAACCUUUGUGACUGAUAAACUUGGAAAGAAAUUUGUUGAGCCACCUCCUUUUGAUCUAACAAAAAGUUACUUAGAUUCAAAUUCUUCAAUCCCUUUAAUCUUUGUGCUUUCUCCUGGAGCAGAUCCUAUGGCAAGUCUUUUAAAAUUUGCAAAUGACAAAAAUAUGAUUGGAAAUAAAUUUCAGUCCAUCUCUUUGGGACAAGGGCAAGGACCAAUAGCAACAAAAAUGAUUAGAGAAGGAAUGGAGGAAGGGACAUGGGUUUGUUUACAAAACUGUCAUCUUGCUGUUUCCUGGAUGCCAAUGCUGGAGAAAAUCUGUGAAGAGUUUAACAGUGAAACUUGCCAUUCCUCUUUCAGACUCUGGCUGACUAGUUAUCCAUCACCCAAGUUUCCCGUCACCAUUCUUCAGAAUGGUGUGAAGAUGACAAAUGAGCCUCCUACAGGCCUCCGGCUAAAUUUACUUCAGUCUUUCCUCUCUGAUCCGAUUUCUGAUGCAGACUUUUUUGCUGGGUGUCAUGGAAAGGAGCAGAGAUGGGAGAAGCUGCUGUUUGGAGUUUGCUUUUUUCAUGCCCUAGUACAGGAGAGAAAAAAAUUUGGACCUCUGGGAUGGAAUAUUCCUUAUGGAUUUAAUGAAUCAGACUUGCGAAUCAGUGUCAGACAAUUGCAGCUGUUUAUAAAUGAAUAUGAGCACAUCCCAUUUGAAGCAAUAAGUUACCUUACGGGUGAGUGCAACUAUGGAGGAAGAGUGACAGAUGACUGGGACAGACGUCUACUACUGACUAUGCUUGCUGACUUUUACAAUAUAGAUAUAGUGGAGAAUUCACAUUAUAAGUUUUCUCCCAGUGGCAACUAUUAUGCUCCCCCAAGGGGCACUUAUGAUGAUUACAUUGAAUUUAUUAAGAAUCUCCCUAUUAGCCAGCAACCAGAAGUGUUUGGACUGCAUGAUAAUGUAGAUAUAUCAAAGGAUCUCCAGCAAACAAAAAUCACUUUUGAAUCUCUUCUGUUGACACAAGGAGGAAGCAAUCAAGGAGGGUCUAAAAGUGGUGGCGACAGCACUUUAUAUGAAAUUGCAGAUGACAUCCUUAACAAGGUUAUUCCAAGGGAUACUUCGACUACUGCUCCAGAAGAUGGUGUUUACAUCAAUGGGCUAUUUUUAGAUGGAGCUCGCUGGGAUAGAGCCAAAGGGCUCCUAGGUGAACAACAUCCCAAAAUUCUCUUUGACAUGAUGCCCAUUAUUUGGAUAAAACCAGCCAAAACAUCAGAGCUCAAGAAAACAAAUGCAUAUGUGUGUCCGCUGUACAAGACAAGUGAACGCAAAGGAGUCCUUUCAACAACUGGGCAUUCAACUAACUUUGUCAUUGCAAUGAAGUUGUUAACCGACCAGCCAGUCCAGCAUUGGAUCAAGCGAGGAGUUGCUCUACUUUGUCAGCUGGAUGAUUAAUUAUAUAGAACUCAGAUCAGAUGAGACUAAUUACUCCAUAUUCAUAGCUUUCCCUAGAACAAAGGACUGUCUAAAUAUUUUGAUCAUUUAGACUUUCUGGUAACAAUAUUUUACAAUAAACUGAACCCAUUCUUGUUUAUUGAUGUUUUUUCUUCUGUUCUUUUAUAAGAAAAGUGUUUACUAUGCAAAAUAUCUUAUUUAGUGCAUCAUAAUUCAUUUUGAAGUUGUUGAAAAAUAAAUUUCCUUUUGCUCAAAAA